AAUUAUAUCUGCAUUUCCAUUGACUUGUAACAUGCUUUUAUCCUCUUUUAAUAGCUGUUCAUCAUUGCCAUCCUGUCAUCGAUGGUGAAGCUGCUUCCAUUGUCUUUAUUGACCGGAUUGUUUUUGGUGGUUGAAAUACUUAAUUGCAUCAUCACAGCUUUUCUGAGGAGCCACAUGAUUGAAGCCGUGUUUCAAGCAUGCUCAUGAUUUGGACUGGGCAUGCUCGUGUGCUACAUGUUGAGGAGCACCUUGGGACCUAUAUCUUAUAGACUAUGGUCUGGAUUUCUGGUACGCUGCCUACCUUUAAACAUUUCCGCUUCCUUUAACUUCUACCGGUUGAUGCCUAUCACCAGGACAAAUUCUUUCCGCAUGAAGAAAUGUGACGGAUAUGGAGCAGUUAAUCUUCUACUUACCAUUGAUGCCAAAACAUGUUGCAUGCAGGGAUUAUAGACAGUCUUGUGUGAACAAGUUUGCAGUUUCUUAAAAGCAUUAUUUAAAAUCAUUUCCUCCUGCAACUCUCAUUCUUUUCAGGUCUUACAGAACUUUAGCAACCACAGUCUCACAUCCAUUUUCUCUUUCUUUUCAGAUUCCACAGGAAUAGUCAUUGUGUUACACGAGAAGAAAUCCUAUACAUGCAAGAAGACUGGAAGACUUGUGUGGAAAACCACUUAACAAGAAUACGAGUCGCUGCAGGAGUUGAUGAGGGCCUGGCAUUCAUGCACAAGGAGCUUCAUGCAGAUGGAAUUUGCCCAUGGAAAUCUCUAGUCCCCCAGCAUUUUGAUGAACAACAACAUGGAUCCUUGCAUCACAUAGCUUUAAUGACGGCAAUGCAAACAAAGAUCAACACCAUGGGGGGAAAGAAGAUUAAGGAAAACAAGACCAAGAUAGAUCCUUCACUGAAUGCUGCAGGCUUAGUUGUUUGACAGAUUAAAAUCUAUUGUUGUUGUCUGUUUUGUUUGUCAAACUUCCUCAAACCAUCAUAACCUUUUCAAGUUAAUAUGAUGCAUUUUCUUUACCACCUAUGUGUAGGAAAUCAGUACGAUACUAUUGGGGUUUGAGUUUAGGUUUGGUUAUGCAUGUGAUCAACUUGUAACACAUAAACCAAUAGAACUAAAAUAAAAAACAUGUUCAGAGUCCCAUGUUAUGGAAAUUAGCCAAUUAGGGUUUCCAUUCAACAUCACCAUAUGUUUUUAUCAAAGGAGGAUACAAUGAUAAGCUGCUGCUGUUCCCCAUCCCAGCCUUUGUUUGGGCUUGCAGUGCUGCCACCACCCUACCAAACUCCUCUUUCUGUUUUCAAUAUAUUUUUUGGAUCAUAAUUAACUCAUCUCUGUUUUCAACAUAAUGAUCUCCUCUCUGUUUUCAAUGUAUUUUUUAGAUCAUAAUUAUUCCUCUGCCAAUAAGCUGUGCUUCCAGCCUAUCACCAGAGACUGAACUGCGCAAAUUCCCAGAAGAGACUGGUCUUGCUACUGAAGGCCCCGUCUCUGAACCCAAAAGACGAAGACCUCAUGCUAACAAGGGAAGCAGAGACCAGUCUCUACCACGCUCUCCCCCCGCCAAGCAAAUCUGAGGACUUCCACUCUCUGAUGCAGCAGUACAGGCCAAACUUGAGGUAACCCCCCAUUUCCCUCACAGCUAAAGAUCAAGUCCUUUCCUUUCUUUCCCCAGGAUCUUGAAGCCCUCCUGAAGUAGUAGUCACCAAGGUUCACAUGGGUGAUCGCACUUGAUCUCACAAGAUUGCAAGCAUCUCAGCCUUUCAUGAACUGUUAUUGGCCUGUGUCCUCUUUGACUAGUGCAAUUUUGUGUUUGUGCUGCUCCUUCCCCUGUGAUCUGAGCUAGAUUUAGAUGCUAGGAAGAAGUGAGUUGUCAGCUCCCUGGUUCUUGAGAUGACUUGUGGUUGGUCUCAGAUCAAGGAAGGAGAUGGUUGCCACACCCUACAAAUCCAUUAGAGCUCCUUGGCUCCUCCCUCAACCCAAGGUUGAUGAUGGGGUUCUCCAUCACCAGUCUUCUCAAUUUGCUGCCUUUCUGAAGGAUUCACUUCCAUGGCCGUCAUCCCAACCCCCACCCCCACCCGCAUCACCUUCACCGGGCAGUAGGAUUAGCCCCGCAGUCCUGUUCAUCAUAGUCAUCCUUGCGGUGGUCUUCUUCAUUUCCGGCCUCCUCCACCUCUUGGUCAGAUUCCUCAUCAAAAAGCACCCUUUUUCCACCACCUCAUCCCAUCCGGAGCGGCCACAGGCCGGCGAGCUCGCCGGCUCCGACGCGCUCCAGCGCCAGCUCCAGCAGCUGUUCCACCUCCACGACUCGGGCCUCGAUCAGGCCUUCAUCGACGCGCUGCCCGUCUUCCUCUACAAGGAGAUCGUCGGCUCCAAGGAGCCAUUCGAUUGCGCGGUCUGCCUGUGUGAGUUCGCCCAAGAAGACCAGCUUCGGCUUCUGCCGGUGUGUGGCCACGCUUUCCACAUCAACUGCAUCGACACAUGGCUCCUCUCCAAUUCCACCUGUCCGCUGUGCCGGGGGGCGCUCUUUGUGCCGGGCUUCACGAUCGAGAAUCCGGUCUUCGACUUCGACGACCCGAGAGAAGAGGAUGGAUUCCCUAUGGAGCAGGAGGCAGAAGGUGAUGAAACGGUCACCGAGAAGAGGGUGUUCUCAGUGAGGCUUGGCAAAUACAAGAACUUGUGCACCAGAGGAGCUGGGAAUGAUGGUGGAAGUGGCAUUGCUGAUGGUGCUGUGAGAAUGGAGGAAGGAGAAACUAGCAGCAACAACUUGGAUGCAAGGAGGUGCUUCUCCAUGGGCUCUUAUCAGUACGUUCUUGCUGAUUCCAGUCUCCAAGUUACUCUCCCCAGUGGUCGUAUCAAGAAUGGUGAUGCAAAGGGAGGCAGGGGAAGGCGAAUCAACGAGCAGUCUGCAAGCACUGAGGUUAUGGAGGGGAAGAAACUGGGAAUCGGGAGCAGAGGUGAGAGCUUCUCUGUGUCAAAGAUCUGGCAGUGGUCUAACAAGAAGGGAAAAUUCCCAGUGUCAUCAGGUAUUACUUCUCCUGAUGGGGACUUGCCAUGGAUUAGAAGAAAUGUUGGGGAUACACGAAUGUGAUGUUACUACAAUGCCUUGUAUGUUGUUCUUCAUCUGUGAUGGCUGAUUCGAUUCA